UUAGUAAGUAACGAAGUAACGCGUGUCGGGGCAAUGUUAGUAACUGUAGUGUGAUUACUGAAUUAUAAAAGUAGCGCGUUACACUACUCCGUUACCGACAAAGUAAUAUUCUUACUUUGUAACGCGUUACACCCAACUCUGGUUGCAACACACCAACACUGUGCAUCAUUUGGUCCCGAAACGUAUGUCAUGCACAGAUAGAAGCCUCUCAGCUUAAAGAUAGAAACAUAAAAGAACAAUCAGAGCAUAAAGUAGAAUUUAUGUAUCUAAAGACAGUUCCAAUUUAUAUCAUGCCACCCGGCCCGUCCACACGGAGGCGUGCGUUGAAGCUUCAACGCUUCUGCCCAUUCACUUUGAAUGGGGUGACGUCACGCUUUGCCGAACUGCAUUGUGGUUCCGUCGCUUCGCUUUGCUCGCUUCAAAGGUUGAGCAAAGUUCAACUUUUGAAGUGCAACAUUCUAGUUGCAGACAUGAUGGAGAGUGAGGGGAGAAUCCCUCAGCGACUGACCAAAGAGAAGUAUGCACUGGGGAUUGUUACCCUGUUUCCCUCGCUCCAAGAUCCACAUGGGAAGACAGGAUAUGUGUACAUGGUGCUCAUAGGGGAAGAUGGUUUCUCACAAACAAGAGAACUACAUGUCCCAGGAUGCACUCUGUUCAGGAGGAACUCUCAAGACACAUUUAUCAUCAGUGCAGCCGACAGCCUGGGCCCUGUGUGGGGGGUGCACAUCUGGCACGACAACUCUGGACCCUCCCCGAGCUGGAGCAUCAAACACCUGGACGUGUCCGAGGUCUCCAGUGUGACUCUCGUACCAGAGAGUCUUCUCUCUUUCUGGUCUGGGAUCAGAUCAUCCUCUCACAAACAAACCAAAGACUCGGUGCCUCCAGGGACGUUUGGUCCGAGUGCUUCAGUCGGCUUAGGCCACACAAAGUCUGCUGCUGCGUCCAAACUGAAGCUCCUGCAGUCAGACGGCUGGCUGGACGGACAUACGGUCUCUCUCCACUUCACCUUGUUCAGCCCUGCACCAAACCUGUUCACCAGUGUGACCCUGCACACUGAGCAGAGCCCCCCCGCUGGCCUACUGCCCUCUGCCAGGGUCCAGUCAGUGGGGGGCUGUCACUCUCCUGCUGUGGGGGAAUAUGGUGUCAUGGUGUGCCAGCUCCUCUUCCUCGUCCUGUCUCUGCUGCAACUCUGUCGUCAAGUGUACGCUGUAGGGGAGCAAGGGCUGAUGGGAUACUGGAGGACUCCCUGCAACUGGCUGGAAGUGUACAUGGUGCUCAUAGGGGAAGAUGGUUUCUCACAAACAAGAGAACUACAUGUCCCAGGAUGCACUCUGUUCAGGAGGAACUCUCAAGACACCUUUAUCAUCAGUGCAGCCGACAGCCUGGGCCCUGUGUGGGGGGUGCACAUAUGGCACGACAACUCUGGACCCUCCCCGAGCUGAAACAUCAAACACCUGGACGUGUCCGAGAGGGCAGCUGAAGGGACGUGCGUGGCUCUUUGUGGCUCAGUGCUGGUUGGCUGUGAACCAAAGUGACGGGCGGGUGGAGAGGAUUCUGGUAAAAUGCACUCGUGGAAUAGGCUUGUAUAAGGUACAGAGUCCUCAUACACAUACACUCAGAUACAAAAAACAAAUAUUAAUAUCUCCCCCCCCUUGCAGACGCUGAGUCUCAAGCUAUCAGACUAUUUGGCCGAUUACCACAUCUGGAUAUCUUUGUACAGCUGCCCCAACGCGUUCACACACACUCAGAGACUGUGUGUGAGCCUGCUGCUUCUGCUGGGAUAUGCAUGUGUCAGCACACUGAUCAUAUCACA